CACGACAAAGAGAGAGUCGCGACAACGAGCUUGAUGGUGAGGAGAUCUUGGAGUAGAUCUUGCUUGUCGAUUCGAUCUAGAUGAUGCGGCCCCCUUUCCACCACUAAUGAUUCACUGUCUCCCGCGCCUCCUCUAGACCCUAGACCCUGAUCUGAUCAUCAUCAUCCCGCCACUCCCCUCGCCGUCUCCAGGCUUCGAACAAGCCUUCACCCACAGACACCAUGGCUGCCACGGCCGUCGAUAACGCCGGAAGGUUUGACAUGCCUUCGUGGGCCAACUGGACUGCCGUCAACGUCACGCAGUAUGUCCCGUCGGCCAGAGAUCUGGCGCUCGCGGGACCGAGGAUGUUCAUGAAGCUCGGAUCGUUCCUCUCAGUCCCAGAAGCUAUCGGUGCGAGGAUGGGCCAACGGACUAUACCUGAAGCUACGGGGUCUGUUCAUGCUGCGACGACUGCUGCAGUUGCUGCAGGAGCGGUACGAGAAAUCGCACAGUCUGGGACGGAGAUACUGGUGGAUGUGGACGACCAGGGCGGUGGCAUCGCCUCGCGAUUCUCAAUAGAGGGCGCACGAAGCCUAGGAAGCGUCUUCAGCUACGCAACCAGCAAGUGGGCUUUGUGCUGCAUGGUAAUGGCUGUUGUCAUCAACCGCACAUACAUCUAUGCCUCAACGCGGCGGAACCUGUAUCUUCCCUGGAAAGUACGCCUGACAUUACGCAUCGUCCCAAUCGUCCUCCUUUUGGUCCAGGCUCGGUCUCUUCUUCAGUCAAUACAAUGCCAGACGUCCCCAGACUUUGCCAUGCUCCGCUGGGGCAAUGCAUCCAAAUCCUCGGAGUUGAUGUUUACACAAAAUGGGGGUCUGCUACACACCAUUAGCUCUACGCUUACGUUUGGAGCAACAGAUGCCGAGUCAUGUCUUGCCGUGCAGAUGAUUCCCCCUCCUUAUGACGAGGACAUCGCUAAAGCAUCGCCAACUGGGGAAAUGCCCACACCGGAAUUGACAGGAUCAUUAUCCCUCCUCUGGCCUCUUUUCAAGACCUUUAGUUUCAGUCAGCUGGUUGAGACUAUUUCUUGUGCCGUUCAGGGCCGCCAAGUAGCAGCCGAGACUGGAAUGACUCUUUUCGAACACUCUUUAGCCUUUGCUGAGGCCGAUGGCGCCAUAGGCCAGCAGCUGGGAUGGGGCUCUUUCGGAGGCACAAAGAUCGCCCGUAGUGUGUCGAAUACUACCGGUGAGGAAACCCAGAUUGCUAUCACGCGGUCAAUGAUUAUGAAGAGGGUCAAUACCACUCCCGAAGUGCUUCUUGUUGGUUUUUUCUCGGCGAUGAAUCAUCUCACAAGUCACAUACUUGCAAUUUUCAAUCUACAGGGACGUUUACGCCUCAUCAAUACUGGCUUAUGGGGCCUAUCUUUCAUGUCCAUCAUUGUAUGGAGUAUCUGGACCUUCUCGGUUGAGGACGCUUCCAAUCAAAGCUUGCUUAGAUUUCCCACUGUCUGUAUCGUCGGUUUUAUUCCCCACGUGCUGGUUUUAUGUGGAAUCAUUGCCUGCUCGGCCAUUUAUGGUACAGCUUUGGUCUUGUCCGCUCUAGCACCCCCGGAUCCUCGUGAGGGAACGUCCGACCUUGACGAUAAUCUGCAAUCGCGUGCCUCAUUCGUGCGGAGGCUGAAACGAGCACAUCAAAAUAUGCAGGCCAAUGUCCCGCUCUCAAGUGUUCGAAUCACCAUGCACAUGGACUUCUAUACGGCCUUGUUGAGAACCGGUUUCAGUGUAAUGACUAUGGCGAGUGAAGCUGUGUAUUUGAACGAAAGCCGUGGAGUCAGCGUGAAGCAACGGACAUGGUUGGAAGAGGAACGCCUGCGAGAAAUCGAAACUGCCGGGGCUCAAUGGCUAGGUCCCAGUUUCCGAGCUUACGAUCUUCAUUCGCCUUCCGGCGAUGGUUUGUCUGACAACAUUGGACUCGUAGCUGCGAAAGGACAGCCGAAUGGUCUUCUUAAGCAUUCGUCAAGUGGAUACGCCAGGGAGAUGACGGCACAGAAAGUGACCAAGCUGAAAGGCCACGACCGCAUGAUUCGGGAUGGAAGUCGUCCACCUCUGCUUCUUUGGUUGGUGAGAAGACCGAAGAAGGGUCCAGAAGCCACAGCUCAGGAUAGCAACGACGCUGACUCGUUAAAUUUCUGGCUUCUUGGUACUGACGGAGAGUUGACACUACCGAAGGAUGAACACGUUGACGUCGAGGCUGAGAUGAGGAAUCGGAUGCAGAGCAGUCAGCCUCACUGGGAUGACACGGAAGAGAAAAAGCUGGAUGCCAAUUUAUAUGGUUGGUGGCUGAAUGGUGGAUGGUGGGGAAGUGAUGAUGCUAGUGGGACCUUUACACCAAAUCGAAAGGACGUUGAUGAGGACACCACAAGUAUCGUAUCAUUUUCUACGACGGCUAGCGAAGCGGAUUGGGAGUCGGAUGAUGCAGACGAUGGACGAAGAACGCCCACCCAAAGAUCUCCUCACCCAUCUCGGGAAUCAUCCCCUUUCAUCGAUAACCCGCUAGAUCCGGCAGACCUGGCACAACUUCUGCAUCCGAGGACACCAGAGCAACGAACCGAAGCCCAAGUUCUUGCUGCCCAUCUCGCGAGCGACAAUAUCAUCACCCGCUCUAGAUUCCGUGAUGUUAUUCAACGAGAUCGAACUAAGGUCCUGACCUCCACUUCCCUGCGUCCACCAGGUUUUGUUCCUUCCUCGCAAUCCGGCAAACUCACCCCAGAAGAGGAAGCCGAGAUUCUAGAAUACCUGAUCAUCACUCGACGCAAUUCCCAGAACGCCACAUCAUCCAACCAGCCAACAUCCUGGGCAAAGGGUGCAUCUGGAAUGGGAGAAGGUGGACCUCAGUGCGUAGUUUGUCAGAGCUCUCCUCGCAGCAUCAUCGUCUGGCCUUGUCGAUGCUUGAGUCUGUGUGACGAUUGCCGAGUCACGCUUGCUAUGAACAACUUUGAUAAAUGCGUCUGCUGCAGAAGAGACGUCGCCUCAUUUUCGAGGAUUUUUGUGCCAUAAGCCGGCGCGAUAUGACUAUACUAUCAAGGCAUUUUUCAUUUCAGGCAAUGGAUAGCGAAUUGUCAUUUGAGCAAGGGUCAUCGUAAUUGGAGUUUGGCAGCAUAAACAAGGUCUUUCCACGGGUAGCGAUUGUAACAUGGAUUUCAUCCAUUUAUUGGUGUACUGGUAGCUUUCUAGGGCUGUACGAUUUAGAUUCCCUCUGCCUCACACUAAGACGUAGGCAAAUCUUAUACUUCUUCCAAUACC